UGGGCGCUCGCGCGACUGGCGCGCGCGGUCUGAAACACAAUGUGCCCCAUUGAGAGGCUUUGAAUGAUAAUCAAUCCAAUUCUAAUCCCUGCCACAUUGUUUUCACAUACAUCCAGUUAUCACAUCUACUAUGAAUAUGCCGUGAGUUCUUCAAGGUGCCAUGUGAAUACUGCGUGACAGUGAAAUCGUGUUCGUAUUUUGGCUGGAGCCUAUGAUGCCCGUUGUCGUCAGCGUCUCUCGUGAUAAACAAAAUCAACCGGAAUGUUUGACGAGAUCCAAAUGGGGAACGCCUGCCUCCGAAACUACCGGCCCCCGGAAGACAUCAUCACCUGCAAUUUCGUCGCGGAGGCAGGGGAUGACUCUCGGCGAGGGAAGUUGUAUCCUUCAAGAUACCAAAUAACGUCCUGGAAGAAAGGGGCUCGUGUUUGGCUGCCAGACCCUGCUGAUGUGUGGAAAGCUGGCGUAGUCUCCAGGGGAUUUGAUGGCAAAACGCUAGAAGUCGAGUCUGAAGAUGGACAGCAUGAUGUCAUCACAAUUACCAACCCGGACAAACUACCACCGCUUCGGAAUCCCGAAGUUCUGAUUGGUGGCAACGAUCUCACUUCGCUAUCAUACCUACAUGAGCCUGGAGUCUUGCAUAAUCUGCAAGUGCGGUUCUGCAAUAACAAUGUCAUCUAUACAUAUUGUGGAAUCAUCUUGGUUGCCAUCAAUCCAUACGAGGAACUUCCCAUCUAUGGCAAUGACACCAUCUUUGCAUAUCGGGGGCAGGCCAUGGGGGAUCUUGAUCCCCAUAUUUUUGCAGUUUCAGAGGAAGCGUACACAAAAAUGGAAAGAGAAAACAUGAACCAGUCCAUUAUAGUCAGUGGAGAGUCCGGCGCUGGAAAGACAGUGUCAGCAAAAUAUGGCAUGCGUUACUUUGCCACGGUUGGAGGUUCCUCCACAGAGACCCACAUUGAGAAGAAGGUCUUGGCAUCGAACCCUAUCAUGGAGGCAAUAGGAAAUGCAAAAACAACACGAAAUGACAACAGCUCGAGGUUUGGCAAAUACAUUGAGAUAGAUUUCAACACUAAGUUCAACAUCAUUGGUGCCAACAUGCGAACCUACUUGCUCGAAAAAUCACGAGUGGUAUUCCAAGCACCUGAUGAAAGGAAUUACCACAUUUUCUACCAGCUCUGUGCCUCCGCUGAUCUCGAUGAGUUGCAGGACUUGCAGCUGGGAAGCCAAACCAUGUUUCACUACACCAACCAAGGAGAAUCUCCAACGAUAGCGGGCGUGGACGAUGCUCAUGCAUUUCAAACAACUCGCAACGCUUUUACACUUCUAGGAUUCACAGAACAACAGCAGAUGAUGAUUUUUCGGAUAUUGGCAUCAAUCUUGCAUCUUGGUAAUGUCACACUCGUCCAUGGAGGAGCAAAAGGUGAUGACACCGAAUGUUGCAUGGUUCAGCCUGGUGAUCUACACGUAACCGUUAUGGCGGACCUACUUGGAAUUGACUGUGAUCAAAUUUCUGUGUGGUUGUGCAACCGCAAGAUUGAAAGCAUGAGGGAGGUCAUCACAAAACCCAUGACUGUAGACCAAGCGGUCUUCGCAAGGGAUGCUUUAGCCAAGCAUGUGUAUGCUCGACUCUUUGAUUGGAUAGUUACUCGAAUCAACAAGGCGUUAGCAUCGAAGGAUAAGGUCUUUCGUUUCAUUGGUGUAUUGGACAUUUAUGGUUUUGAAACUUUCGAAGUGAACAGUUUUGAGCAGUUCUGCAUAAAUUAUGCAAAUGAAAAGUUGCAGCAGCAGUUUAACUUGCAUGUGUUCAAACUUGAACAAGAGGAAUAUGUCAGAGAGCAGAUUGAGUGGAAGUUCAUCGACUUCUAUGACAAUCAGCCAAGUAUUGACCUGAUUGAAAGCAAACUGGGUGUUCUCGAUCUUCUGGAUGAAGAAUGCAGGGUGCCAAAAGGAACAGAUCAGACAUGGUGCAUGAAAUUGUAUGAGAAGUGCAAGAAGUGGAAGCAUUUCGAAAAGCCACGUUUAUCAAACACUGCUUUCAUCAUUCAUCAUUUUGCUGAUGAUGUGACAUACGAAUCGCAAGGAUUCCUGGAGAAGAACAGAGACACUGUGCUAGAGGAGCACAUAAAUAUCCUCAAAGCAAGUCAGUAUGAGCUUGUUGCUGAACUAUUUGAAGAUGAGCGUGCCUCACGCAAGAACCUGAAGCCCUCUGUGAAAAUCACUCCGGCACAAUCCGCACCUUCCUCGAAGAAGCAACACAAAAAAACAGUUGGUUCUCAAUUCAGAGACUCCUUGGGUUUGCUGAUGAACACACUAAAUGCUACAAGUCCUCACUAUGUGAGAUGCAUCAAACCAAAUGAUCAGAAGGCACCGUUCACUUUUGACACAAAACGAGCCGUUCAACAGCUCAGGGCAUGUGGAGUGCUUGAAACUGUCCGCAUCAGUGCUGCUGGUUAUCCUUCAAGAUGGGGCUACCAGGAGUUCCUUACCCGGUACCGAGUCCUAACGUGUGCCAAAGACAUCGACAGAAGUGACUUGAGAACCACGUGUCAAAAGAUUCUAGACAACGUCAUCAAGGAAGAAGACAAGUUCCAGUUUGGAAAGACUAAGAUCUUCUUCCGGGCCGGUCAAGUAGCCUACCUUGAAAAGCUCAGAGCUGAAAAACACAAGGCAUGUGCUCUCAUGAUCCAGACCCACAUCAGAGGGUUCUUGCAAUUCAAGCGGUACCAGGAAAUACGCAGGUCUGCCUUGGGACUUCAGGUGUAUGGAAGAGGCAUGCUUGCCCGCAGACACGCUCACUUCCUGCGUUGCACAAGAGCGGCGACAACCAUCCAGAAAUACUGCAGAGGAUACCUUGCACGCACUCAUUUCCAGAACAUCCGUCGCAUUGUUAUCCACAUGCAGUGCUAUGUGAGAGGCCUGUAUGCCAGACAACGCUUCAGGGAAUUGCAGCGUAAUGCAGCAGCCACUGUUAUCCAGAAGAACGUGCGGUGCUGGCUCGCCAGGAAAUCCUACCAGCGAGAGCACAACAGCAUCAUCGUUGCACAAUCAGCGGUACGGCGAUGGUUUGCGAAACGAGAGAUGCGCAAGCUCAAGAUCGAAGCUCGCUCUGUGGAGCAUGUCAAGAUGCUGAACAAGGGGCUGGAGAAGAAGAUUAUCUCUCUCCAACAAAAGAUUGAGGAAAUCAUGAAGGAAAACCGUACCUUGAGAGCACACGAGCAGGACAUGAGAAGCCUGUCCGAGAAGUUGGAACAGGCAAAGAAUGUGGAAAAUGUCUUGCGAGAAUCAAACAACAAGGUGGCAGAGCUGCAAGAUACCUUGGCAUCAGUUCAAUCUGAACUUAAACAUGCCCUCAUGGAAAAAGAAGACUGGCGGAAGAAAUGUAACAGCAUCAAAGAGGAGGCAGAGGUUAUGAAAUCUGAGAAAAUAAAACUGAAAGAAGAUCUAGAUGCCACAAACGAACUAAUCAAAGCCAACAAGGAGAAGGCUGAAGAAACCUUACAGAUGAGGCUAGAAAAUGAGCGCCACCUUCUGCUGGCUGAAUUUGAUGAAGAACGCUCAGCGUACCAACGUCUUUUGAAAGAACGGGAUCGCUUGGAACAACGUUGCGAAAAUCUGAUGGCAGAAAACAUAAGGGUGAGAGGAGUUGGCGGGGGCCUAGGCCAUCACAGAACACCAUCCAACGUCAGCAUGGCUAGUGUCCACAGUGACGCAGAGACGGUUCAACUAGACGCCUCGGAUACUGAUAUGGGUUAUGGUUCUGCAAGGGUUAAAGACAAGGAGUCCUCACACCUCAAAUUGGAUGCUGUUGCAUGGCCUCAACAGACAACAGGCGUUACUGUAGAGAGGAGUCCAGGAUCAGAUAAAUCCCCCGGAGACUUGGCGGAUGUGUCUGUAGUGUUGAAGCUGCAACAGAGACUCAAAGAAGUUGAACAAGAAAAGGCUAGGCUUGAGAAAAAAGUCGAGGGAUUAGAGGCUCGUGAAGAACGAUCUAAGGAGAGGGAGCUGUCUGCAAAGGAACUCAUGCGGCUUCACGAGUUGGAAAUGGAAAAUGCAAAGCUAAAAGAUGAAGUGAAAAGGAUGGUGAAAACGCUUGCAAAUGAAGACAAAUCUUCUCGUGAGAAAGACUUCAUGGCACAUUACGAGAGCAUUCAAGACGAGCUGGAACGUAGAAGAGAAGAAUGCUUGCAGUUGAGAGCUGCGCUAGCAAACCAGAGUGAAGACACAAAAUCCAUGGUCUCAUUAGAUUCAUACAGGGGUAACCUAGAGCUAGUCAAUGAAGAUGGCGAGCUGCUCAUGGCCUUUGAAACACAGAAACAGUUGAUAAGGCAGCUGGAAUCUGAGUUAUAUACUGAAAAGACAAGGAUGCAGUCCAUAGAAAAUGACUAUCGGGAAGAAAUGCGCAAGCUGAAAGAAGACAAUGAUAGGCAACAGAAGUUAUUGAGCCAGAACUUGAAAAAGACUCCCCAGGCACAGAGUGAUGCAAUUUUACAGCAUGAAAUCAACCGUUUAACUGCAGAAAAUGUGGAUCUGAGAGAAAAGAUCGACAGCCUUGGAGAGCAGCUCAAGAAAUCAAAGCGUCAAAUCAAGAUUUAUGCAAAGAAAUUGAAGGACCAUGGCAUUCUUGACCAACCGGGUGAUGCUAAAGCUGAGGCUGCUGAAGAGCAUGGCAAGAACAUGCCAGAAAUCAAACACAAGGACACUGAGCACUUGGGAAUGUUUGAGUAUAAGAAAGAAGAGGUUCCCUUGAUAGUCAAGAGCCUUAUAACAGAUUUGAAGCCGAAAGUUGCCAUCACACUCCUUCCUGGGUUGCCUGCCUAUAUCUUGUUUAUGUGUAUAAGACACACAGAUUAUGUCAAUGAUGCAGAAAAAGUCCAGACACUGCUGAAUGACACUGUAUUUGGAAUCAGAAAAGUUGUAAAAAGACGUCAUGAAGAUAUUGAUUAUACAGUGUUGUGGCUUGCAAACACAUGCAGGUUUAUGCAUAACUUGAAACAGUACAGUGGGGAAAAGCAAUUCCAAGUGGAAAACACUCCCAAGCAGAACGAGCAGUGCUUACGUAACUUUGACCUGUCCCAGUAUCGACAAGUGAUGAGCGACAUAGCAGUCUGGAUCUACCAGGCAGUCAUCAAAUGCAUGGAAGAGAAAGUGCAGCCCCUCAUAGUUCCUGCUGUAUUAGAACAUGAAGCAAUUGCAGGAAUAUCUGGUAACAAACCUUCUGGUAUGAGAAGCAGAGCGUCAAGCACCGCCAGGGAACUGGAUUCACCAGUUGACCCGCAGAGGGCCUUGGAUGUUUUGGUCAAAGAGCUAAACAACUUCUACAAAGUCCUGCUGGCACAUGGUGUUGACCCUGAGCUCAUCACUCAAGUCUUCAAACAGUUAUUCUACUUCGUAUGUGCUGGUGCACUCAACAACCUGUUACUCCGAAAAGACAUGUGCCACUGGUCUAAGGGGAUGCAAAUGAGGUACAACUUGAGCCACUUGGAGCAAUGGUGUAGAGACCAGAAAAUGUCCCAGUCCGAUGUGCUAGACACAUUGCAGCCCAUUAUACAAGCAUCUCAGCUUCUUCAGGCACGCAAGACAGAUGACGACGUAAACAGUGUCUGUGACAUGUGUGACAAGCUCACCACUGCCCAGAUCAUCAAGAUCUUGAACCUGUACACACCAGCAGACGACUAUGAAGAAAGGGUCCCUGUGUCCUUCAUCCGGAAAGUCCAGGCAAAGCUCAAGGAACGUAACCAGGAAACCUUACCAGUGUCUGACAACACACUCCUCAUGGACACAAAGUUCUCUUUCCCAAUUCGUUUUCCUUUCAACCCAUCAAAAAUACAGCUUGAAGACAUAAACAUUCCAGAUAUUCUGAACCUUGCAAUGUUGAGGAAGAUAUAGAUUUUUUUCUUCCCCCAUAUCAUUGUUUUUAAUUUAUUUUGUGGACUGUAUGUUGCACCACCACCAUGGCUGAAAUGAACUUUGCUAUGGCCUCUGACAUGUUUUCCAGUACCUAGUGUGGAGGGCAUCUGGUGACUGUGCUGCAGUGUGUGUGUGCAGCCUUUAGUUAGUUUUGUGAACAUGUUCUAGCCUUCUGAAAGGAAAUUAUGGGAGCACAGUGCUUUGAGAGGUGGCAAUAGCUUUGUCUGUGAUUUAAGGUGUCUGUCAAUAUAUGUAUGUGAUAUGUUUGUAAAGAAAUAUUUUGGUACAUUUUUGUUUUUAUAUAGUUAAAUUUUUCUUUUCUUUUUUGCAAAGCUCUGACCUCAUAUUUAUUUUUGUGACAUUCCACUUUGAAUUAUAUUUACACUUUUUUGUGGUCCACUCAGUGUUUUGUUCGUGCAAGCAGCACUGUGGCUAAAUCGUUAACAUGCACAGAUUUUUUCAAGAUUUGCACAAAACUUGUAUGCCAGUUUGCUAUUUUAUGCACAAAUGACAGUGACUGCAAAAUGCAGUGUGGCUGUUUCUAAUAGAUGAAAUAAAGGUCAACAAUGUUUUCCUUAAAAUUGGUUCUCUACUCACAAAGCAACAUUUUCUGCAACCCAUUCCCAGAAUGUUUUACUGGUUUUAUGUUUAUUUUAUUCUCAGUUUUGUGAUCCCUGACGUUGUCGAAUGAUGACCAGUUGCCAUAAACAUUGCCUUACACCACAUAAUGUUCUCACUUCUAGAUGUCUAUUUUUUCUAUCAUUUGUCCAUUGCUUGCCUCAUUGUUAUUUUUCACUUUUUAUUGAGUUAUUAAACUCUCUCAAACUCAGCUUUGUGGUUUGGUAAGAGAUCUGGCUAUUCAAGUGGCUGAGGCGAUUGUUUCAGAGUGGUCCGUGCAAAUGGAUUGCACAGAUAGCAUAAUCUGUGUGUUGACAUAAAAUAAAAGCUUUCAACAUCUGCACUGUUAUUGCCACAAUAAUCAAACUAUUUCUUUCAAAUAUAUUGCUAUUCCUAAUAGUUUAGGUGAGCUAGCUAUGCACACUGGCACAAGAUGAUCCUUUUUGUUUCUUUGUGCAGCUAUAGGAGUUGUGUCAUUUAUAUACUGAUGUCUAUGUAGGAAAUAUAUACACUUGCAUCUAUGUAUAAACAUAGACUCAGUGAAAUGCAAUGAAUAGAGAAAGAGCCACAACCUGAAACUUCCUAUCCAUGUUGUAUAAUGUGGAAGGCUGCAUUUUGAGUUUGAGGUAUUUAUUAUAUAUAUGUACCACUAUCUAUUUUGUGAUGACUGUACAUAUGCCGAAAGAGAAAGCUUUGUGACGAAUUGUUAGCACAAAUGAUUGGCUGUAGUGGCAAGCAUAAUGCACUAUAGUGUUGUAUGUUGCCGGAAGGUUGUAUGACAGAGUGCUUGCACAAGCAAGAAAAGUGCACUGAAUUACCUUCAAGUGUCUUUCUUAACAAAAUAGGUCUUCUAGGUCUAUUUGUAAGGGACCUUCUAAGGGAAAUGAAUAUUUUUUUGUGAACGCAACUUCUAUCUGGUUUGUUUUUCCAAGGUAACAGAAUAGUGUGUUGGUAGACCGUUGAAAACGUCACUGUGAAGAUACUGUACCUACCAGAACCAAUGACAGCCUGCACGACUCAGUCUUAUCUGUUGACUGGGUGCAUUAGACAUGGUGCUUCAGAAGCCACAUUAUCGAUGGUCUACUAACAUUAGUUAAUACCCAAGCAAAACUUGUAACUUAAACAUAGCACGAAAGUACACAAAUUGGUGUUUUCUUUAUGCACUGACACCAAUUCAAAGAGCACAAGGAAAUUAUAGAUAUGCAAGGUCUGUGCUCCGUAUAGGGUCCUUACUGCUUGUUCAGUCUUCAAAAUUAAAUAUACAUACUCGGCAAAAUGCAUGAAAACUGUUGUGAGCAAGCUUUCAUAAUAAACUAGAAGAACGCC